GAGAGAUCUGGAGAGCAGAGACCCCAUAGAAUACACUGCCUCUUUCUGUAGCACGCUCAUACACACAGACUGGAACAGACUAAGGGAAAGAGAGAGAAAAACAGACGCACUACAAAAUACGCAACAAUAGCAGCUGUUGAAGCUCAAACCACCACAAGAGAUGGGGCCCGGAUUGUUUUGGAACUUCCCUUCAAAGGCUAACUGCACGGUGCCGCAGAGCCUGCUGCAGACCAUGUUGCUCUCCAGGAUGGCUGGGAUGAAGGAGCAGCAAUUUACUGAGGAGAAACCCCUACUACCGGAGCAGAGAGGACAAGAUACUGAGAUGAGAGACCAAGGGCGGUGUGUGAACGCACUCCCCUGCGCAAGCCCUGCGCCACUCACCGCCCCCUCUUCCUCAAGCCGCCCCCCACAACGUUGGCAUGUGAUCGCGCGGCACUGGCUCCACCAGACCCGCAAUCGGACCAGUGGGUGCAUCCCGGAGAACUGUGAGACCCUGAUGCCAAUUGGAGACUGGAAGGAACAUGAUAUAGAGACUCCGUAUGGGAUGCUUCACGUGGUUAUUCGUGGAGCCCCCAAAGGAAACAAGCCUGCCAUCCUCACCUACCAUGAUGUGGGGCUUAACCACAAGUUGUGCUUCAACAGCUUCUUCCACAACGAGGACAUGCAGGAGAUCACCAAGCACUUUGUGGUGUGUCAUGUGGAUGCUCCUGGACAGCAGAUUGGAGCCUCUCAGAUGCCACAGGGGUACCAGUACCCCACCAUGGACCAGCUGGCAGGCAUGCUGCCCAGUGUAGUGCAGCACUUUGGAUUCAAGAGCAUUGUGGGCAUUGGAGUUGGGGCUGGCGCCUACAUCCUGGCCAAAUUUGCUCUGAUCUUCCCUGAUCUGGUGGAGGGCCUGGUGCUGCUCAACAUCGACCCCAACGGGAAGGGCUGGAUCGACUGGGCCACCGGCAAGCUGUCUGGGCUCACCAGUGCUCUUCCAGACACAGUCCUGCCCCACCUCUUUAGCCAGGAGGAGCUGAUGAACAACACAGAGCUGGUCCAGAGUUAUCGUCAACAGAUCAACAACACCAUCAACCAGGUCAACCUGCAGCUCUUCUGGAACAUGUACAACAGCCGUAGGGAUCUGGAGAUGAACCGCUCUGGGACCAUCAUCAAUGCCAAGACCCUGAAGUGCCCUGUCAUGCUGGUUGUUGGUGACAACGCUCCAGCUGAGGAGGGAGUGGUUGAAUGUAAUUCCAAACUUGACCCAACCAACACCACCUUCUUAAAGAUGGCUGACUCUGGUGGACUUCCUCAGCUCACACAGCCUGGAAAACUGUCCGAAGCAUUCAAGUACUUCCUUCAGGGGAUGGGCUACAUUGCGUAUGUGAAGGAUCGGAGGUUGAGUGGAGGGCCAGUGCCCUCUGCCAGUAUGACCCGUCUGGCACGCUCCCGGACGGCCUCACUGACCAGUGGCAGCUCCAUUGAGACUUCUCGUAUCCGGGGUUUUACACACACUGACAGCAACGAGGGCCAGGUCAGCCACACCAUGGAGGUGUCCUGCUGAACCCUCAAACACACACGUAGAUAAACAGACAGACAGAAUGACGUUGGUUGGAGAGAGAUGAGUUUCUACUUUGAGAUUGUUAGUGCAGGAUGUUCUCUCUAUCUCUAUUUGUCUUUGUCCUAGUAUUAUCUUUCCCAAAGUUCCUCAGUAUUUGACAACUUUUGCCACCCCCUCCCCUCACUGUAAAAUGACACCAAUGUAUUACUCUCCCCCUUAAACUUAAGAAACAGUUUUGGUUUUCUUGAAUUGUCGUUUGUUUUGCUCAGUGUCUCCUCCCCCUUCAUUUUCUCCUGCUCCCCCAGCCCUCCUCCACUCAGACCCAUAGCCUCAUCUGCCCCCUCCUCCACUCAGACCCAUAGCCUCAUCUGCCCCCUCCUCCACUCAGACCCAUAGCCUCAUCUGCCCCCUCCUCCACUCAGACCCUUAGCCUCAUCUGCCCCCUCCUCCACUCAGACCCAUAGCCUCAUCUGCCCCUUCCUCCACUCAGACCCAUAGCCUCAUCUGCCCCCUCCUCCACUCAGACCCAUAGCCUCAUCUGCCCCCUCCUCCACUCAGACCCAUAGCCUCAAAUGCCCCCUACCUCCACUCAGACCCAUAGGCUCAUCUGUCCCCUCGUCCACUCAGACCCAUAGCCUCAUCUGCCCCUUCCUCCACUCAGACCCAUAGCCUCAUCUGCCCCCUCCUCCACUCAGACCCAUAGCCUCAUCUGCCCCCUCCUCCACUCAGACCCAUAGCCUCAAAUGGCCCCUAACUCCACUCAGACCCAUAGGCUCAUCUGUCCCCUCGUCCACUCAGACCCAUAGCCUCAUCUGCCCCCUCCUCCACUCAGACCCUUAGCCUCAUCUGCCCCCUCCUCCACUCAGACCCAUAGCCUCAUCUGCCCCUUCCUCCACUCAGACCCAUAGCCUCAUCUGCCCCCUCCUCCACUCAGACCCAUAGCCUCAUCUGCCCCCUCCUCCACUCAGACCCAUAGCCUCAUCUGCCCCUUACUCCACUCAGACCCAUAGCCUCAUCUGUCCCCUCGUCCACUCAGACCCAUAGCCUCAUCUGCCCCCUCCUCCACUCAGACCCAUAGCCUCAAUGCCUAACCACUCAGACCAUAGCCUCAUCUGUCCCCUCCUCCACUCAGACCCAUAGCCUCAUCUGCCCCCUCCUCCACUCAGACCCAUAACCUCAUCUGCCCCCUCCUCCACUCAGACCCAUAGCCUCAUCUGCCCCCUCCCACGCUUGCCUGCCAACAGUUUCUGUGAGGUGGUCAAUGAUGGUAGUUAAGUGGGUUGUGGUCAGUGAGGAUGGUUGGUCACUGGGGAGAAGACAUACAGGACAUUAUGUAUUAGGUUGCUCUAUUCUUGCUCUUUCUCUGGGAAGUUCAAGAUUUGACAGAAAGCAGCACACAGCCUUAUAUUUCAGAGGGGUUUUAUAUCACACUGUGGAGGAUGUGUCUGUGUGACAGCUCCUAGAGCAGUAUUCCCACUCCACAUCCCACGCAUGGCGUUUUCCCAUUGAUGGUCAUACAGAAGCAUAAAUACAUGUAGUGUGAUUCUAUACCCAUGUAGCCCAUGUGAUUCCACUCACCUGCAUUGGUAGGAGCAUCCACCCUAUAGGUAGUGUGACCACGGUCAUUUCCAGAUCCCUACAAUGACAAUCACACCUUGACCCAAACCAGACCUAGGAGCUGAGGCAGAACCUGUUACAUCUGAGAUGUUCUUCUCUCAGGUCAGAUAUACCAAAUCUACACACACACACACUAACCUAGGACGUCUUGGCUCUGUAAGGGGACCGAUUGAAAUGAUACCGGCACAAAACACACACAAGCGCAUGCAUGCACAAACUUACGCACACACCCAAACACUGUCAAUGUGUCACAGUAAAUGUGUUUUCACAAAACAAAUGUUAAUGUAUUUACAUACCCAUGCCCAUGCAUAGCUCACAUAGAGAAACAACAUCCUAACAUCCCACAGAACUCUUUUUCCCCCAUGAUAUUGCGCUGAAACACUGGUCGUUGUUUAUGGAGAGGAGUGUGCUGCUAGCUGCUGUGAUGGACUACCCAUUGAGUUAAGGAGGAACUGUUGUCCCUGACAAUUUGCACAGUAAUGUAUUUCUACAUUCUAUUUGCAUUCCUUAUUCUUAGUAAAAACAUCUCCCUAUUCUCUAUUUGAAUGUCAAUAUCUGCAUCCCCGACAAGGGUGAGGUGGGAUAACUACUACUGCAGGGUGAUUCCUGGGACUGUCUGUAAGGGACAGGACUUUUUUGGAGCCCGUUGCUCAAAGCUAGGAAUGUAGGGAAAUCCCACCCCCAACCACAAGAUACCCUGCCCCUUACAGAUACAUCCAGUCGCCCCAAAAGGGCUAUCAGCUGAGGUCACUUUUCAGUUCAUAGUGUUGCCUAGCAACAGUGCACCAACGUGCAACGGUCCCCAAGGGGUACACAGCAAAGAUUUUAGGACAGGGAGAUUAAUUCAUGAAUGACUUCUGACAAAGAGUGAGGGAAAGGGAGAGAUUAUGUCUUGAUGAAUAAGAGGAACUUUCAUUUGUAAAGAUGGAAAGAGUGUGAGAGAGUUGGAUCUACAAAAUGUCUUGAUAGGGGGACAAUAAGGGGGGGAUAAUAGGGGGGAAUAAUACAUGUAAAGAGGGUAUGAGUGGGGCUUCUGGGAGAGGAUAUUGGGUCAGGUCAACAAACACUCCCUUAUACUCCUCCAAUCUGUUUGCAUGCACCUUAAUGUGUGAUAUUCAAGGCUGUGCUCAUGCAUUUUCUCUCCGUAAGACUACUGUUGCUGUCAACUCUGAGCAGGCCUGAUUUUGACCCCUCCCUCAUUCUCAUGCAUAGUGCCUGGUGGCCCCUGAAUGUAAUUGGUCAUAUUGAAGUGCUGUACAGUAUUGUCCAAGUGCCCCCUUUCACCCACCCACCAUCAUUACCCACUAGUGCUUGUAGCUGCUUUCCUCCCUACCCUAACACCUACCCUACAUUGUACCCUAACUCCUACAUUGUACCCUAAAUCCUACCCUAUGUCCUACCCUAACUACUACCCUACACUGUACCCUAACUCCUUCCCUACCCUAAUUCCUACCCUAACUUCUACCCUACACUGUACCCUAACUCCUACCCUACCCUAACUCUACACUAACUACUACCCUACUUUGUACCCUAACUCCUACCCUAACUACUACCCUACACUGUACCCUAACUCCUACGCUACCCUAAUUCCUACCCUAACUACUACCCUACAUUGUACCCUAACUCCUACCCUAACUCCUACCCUACAUUGUACCCUAACUCCUACCCUACCAUAACUCUACCCUAACUACUACCCUACUUUGUACCCUAACUCAUACCCUAACUACUACCCUACACUGUACCCUACCUCCUACCCUACUCUAACUUCUACCCUAACUACUACCCUACAUUGUACCCUAACUCCUACCCCACCCUAACUUCUACCCUACAUUGUACCCUAACCCCUACCCUACAUGGAACCUAACACCUACCCUACCAUAACUCCUACCCUAACUCCUACCCUACAUUGUACCCUAACUCCUACCCUAACUCCUACCCUACAUUGUACCCUAACUCCUACCCUAACUCGUCCAAGAGAACCCAAGUCCUUCCAGGUCCUCCUUGCUCUGUAGAUAGAGCAGUUUAACUGAAAGAGCACUCCAACACUAUUGUAUUGUGACAAACAGCAUUUGGUUCAACUUUCCUAGAGUUCCUCUUUUUACAUAACAAUAGAAUUAAGUUUUCUGUGGUAUAUUGGUUCUCGUGUAUUAUUAUUAUUAUCAUUAUUACAGUAUUAUUGAUUGAUUUAUAUUGAGCAAUAAGUUGUUUUUUGACUGUAUGGUUUCAUGGGAGUCUCCCCAACAUUGUUUCUGUUCACAGAGAUAGUAGGAUUGACUCUUACCUGCUUAGUCAUAAAAUGUGUAAUGUAAAGUUUAAAUAUAUAUACAGUAUAUAUACUGUAAGCUGUCUCUGUCCAUGCAUUGAACAUGUAAAGACAAAGAAAUAAAGACUUUAUGUCAGCAUGGAGUCA